UACGACUGCCUACAGAAUCCUCUAGCAUUUUUUCUAUAUAUAGCUACUAAAUUUAUCGAUCUUGUAGAUUUCUUGUGGUCAACCAACACUAUCUUCUCAUUCAACACUAUUUUCUUUGUAAAGGUUUUGAUUAUCAAGCCAUGGCGUUGCCACGCUCCUUAGUAUUUCAAGUUAAUCGAACCCAGCCACAACUUAUAACUCCGGCAAGGCCAACUCCUCAUGAAACAAAGAUGCUGUCAGAUAUAGAUGACCAGCAAGGCCUUAGGUUUCAGAUACCAGUCAUCAUCGCCUACAAGAACAAUCCUUCAAUAUCGAACCGAAAAGGCCCCGUUCAGAUGAUCAGGGAAGCAAUAAGUAGAGCAUUGGUGUAUUACUACCCUUUGGCAGGUAGGCUCAGGGAAGGGCCUAACAGAAAGCUUAUGGUGGAUUGCAACGGAGAAGGUGUCUUGUUCGUUGGGGCUAAUGCUGACGUCACUCUCGAGGAAAUUGGAGAUGCUAUUCUACCCCCUUGCCCUGUGUUAGAGGACAUCCUAUUUAAUGUCCCGGGCUCGGAUGGCAUUCUUGGUUGCCCUUUGUUGUUAAUUCAGGUGACCAUUUUGAGAUGCGGAGGUUUCAUAUUUGCAUUGCGCCUGAACCAUACAAUGUGCGAUGGGGCUGGAUUGGUCCAGUUCUUGAACACAGUAGGGGAGAUGGUUCAAGGAAAAACAGCACCAUCUAUUCCACCAGUGUGGGAGCGAGAGGUCUUGAAUGCCCGAGAUCCACCACGAAUUACAUGUAUACAUCACGAAUACGAGGAAAUGAUUGAUGACUACUCAGAUGAGCGCUCUGAUGCGGCAGUAAUGGUGCAAAAAUCUGUCUACUUUGGUCCCAAUGAGAUAAGGGCCAUGAAGAAACAUCUUCCACCACACCUUUCCAAUUGCUCUACAUUCGACCUUAUAACAUCGUGUUUGUGGAAGUGCCGCACAGUUGCACUAGAACUUAAUCCGGAACAGGUUGUUCGGAUUUCAUGCAUAGUCAAUGCACGUGGGAAGCGCAACAGUCUAGAUCUUCCUUUGGGUUACUACGGCAAUGCAUUCGCAUACCCAGCUGCUGUUUCAGGAGUGAAACAAUUGUGUGAAAGUCCAUUGGGAUAUGCACUGGAGUUGGUGAUGAAAGCAAAAUCUGAAAUGAAUGAAGAGUACAUGAGAUCAGUGGCAGAUCUUUUGGUCAUAAGAGGACGGCCUCCAUUUACAUUGACCGGGAACUUCAUAGUUUCAGAUAUUAGACGUACUGGCAUCCCAGAUGUCAACUUGGGGUGGGGAAAGCCAUCAUUUUCUGGACCUGCCAAGGCCGUGAACAUUGUUAGUUUCUAUGUUCAGCACAAAAAGGAAAAAGAGGACGGGAUUUUGGUGCCAGUGUGCUUGCCAUUGUGGAGUAUGGCAAGAUUUCAGGAGGAACUCGAUAAGAUGACGUCGUCGGAGAUAGUGGAAAAUAUAAAUAACACUAAAUCUGCUAAUAUUAAUGUUGUAAGGAUGAUUCCGCGGUUGUAAGGUUUCAAUGAUCCUAAAAUAUUGGAUUACAUGCCACGUGUAUUAUAACUUAACCAUGGUUAGUAAAAUAAAGGGCCCUAAAA